AUGUCCUCCCGCAAUUCUGGCAGGCCAGGCGGCCGCGACCGAUCACGGUCGCCACCCUGGCGCCAGCCCCAGAAGCACCACAGAGACGACCGAGAAUGGCGCGACCGGCAAACCUCGGACAGGAGAUGGGAGGAUAGACGGUCGGGGCCGUCGCAACAGCCACGUAACAUGCGCGACCAGAUGAGACUGAACCAACUACAAGAGAACGAGCAAGAGCGGGAAUGGGUCUCACAGGAGGAUAUGUUUGUGUUGAAGCAGGCCAAGAAAAAGGCAGAGAUCCGCGUGAAGGAAGGACGCGCCAAGCCCAUUGACUGGCUGACUGUUACGCUGCGUUUUAUCGAUCCUACGCGCAACCCUCUGGAUGAUGAAAUCGCUGAUUCGGAGCUGGAUGUGGUGGAUCCAGAUGGCGUCUUUGAGGGACUGUCGCCAGGUCAGCUGCUGGAGUUAGAUAAGGACAUUGAUACGUUUGUUCAACUCGAGACCAAUCCGCAAAACAAAGACUUUUGGCAGACCAUGAAGGUGAUUUGCCGGGAUCGGUUGAAAACGAAUGCCCCGGAAGGACGCGCUCUCAGCUCAGUUGCUGCCGACAUUAAUAGGCUGCUCAGCCCCAAGACUUAUGAACAAUUACAAACCCUUGAGGUACAGGUCAAGAGGAAAUUGAAUUCCAAUGAGCCUAUUGACACUGAUUACUGGGAGGAAUUGCUCCGGAGCUUAUUGGUGUGGAAGGCCCGGGCAAGAUUGAGAAAUGUUUAUCAGGCAGUUAUCGACGAGCGGGUGCGCGACCUUAGGAAACAGCAAAAACAAGAGGCAGAGUCAAUUCGAGAAAAGCUGGCACCUCUUGCCCCGGUAGUUUCAGAAGCUACCUCGACAGAGACGGACUUCAAGGAUUUGGAUCCCGAUCCAUUACUCCAAGUGCGUGCAGAAGACAAGGGAUUGGAAAUCAUGGAUGAGUCUGCAUUCCUCAGCCAAGUGGCUCGCGAGCGCCAAAAAAUAAUUCGCAUGGGCUACGUACCUCUACGACAGCGAACCGCUGAGAAGCCGACCAUGGCGCUUGCCAAUUCGAGCUCUACUAGCACCCCAGCUCCCACAGUGUCCGGCCGAUUCUCUGCUCUUCCAAAUGACGAUUUCUCACAGGCAACCAAGGCAUUGUACGAGAGAGAGCUAGCCAAAGGUGUCAGUGAGAACGAAGAGAUUUUUACGGGCGAGGAGGCCCUGAGCACAUCACAGCCUCAGUGGGCUAGCAAGUAUCGACCACGUAAACCACGGUACUUCAAUCGUGUACAGAUGGGCUACGAGUGGAAUAAGUAUAAUCAAACCCAUUACGACCAUGAUAAUCCGCCUCCCAAGGUGACCAAAGCCCCUACGUACAAGAUUGAGCGAGAAAACGGGCGCAAGCGCGGCGAGUCUUUUGCCGCCGCUGGCGAGGAAGACACCUGUCUGAUUCGUUUCAUGGCCGGGCCGCCGUACGAGGAUCUUGCUUUCCGUAUCGUCGAUAAAGAAUGGGACUACAGUGCUAAGCGUGAGCGCGGGUUCAAGAGCACCUUCGACAAGGGUAUUUCUGCAACUCCACUUCCAAUUUAA